GCUGAGAAAAAACUUGGAGUACUUUCAGAUAUCCCCUUUAAGUAUUCCUUCUCCUAUGGCCAGUGGAGGGUGUGUUCUGGGACACCUUCCCAUGCUCACUUCCCUGAAUAAGAAAUUAAGAUCCCUACUCCCCUUAAUUCGAGCAUGUAUGUAAACCCCAAUCAUGUCUUAGGAUUACAUGCUGAUUGCCAACCCAGCCCAUGGCAUUCCUUUGCCUUUUUUAAAGGCUCAUUAAAGCAAAACGAGUCUUCAAGUAACUCUCUGGGGAUAUACAGCUGAACUUGGGGAGGGUCCCAAGUGAGCUUCCACUGUAAUGGAGAGACUGUGCUCCAGAGCCACCCAGCUCUCACCAGGGCGUGAUCCCACAUCCGUGGGAGGCAUGGAGAAUAUUCUCGGUUCACGCAGAGGUUAGAGAGUGGCUGUAAAUGGACAUUCAUAUAGAAGAAGAGGAAAUUACUGUAGUCAGAGCUCUGGAGCAAGGGCUUUAAAAGAAGGCCAUAAAUUAGUCAUAAGCACGAAGGAAGAUGGGAUUCUAUUUCUAGGGCUCGUUUAUUUUGAGGAGGGCAUCAGAAGAGCCAUAGGUACAGAGAAGCUGGUCAGGUAGCAUAAAGAUUUUGACUCCUGGGCAGAUUAGCUGCCUAUUGUGCCAGAAUUCACCUUCUCUGGGACUUUGAAUAUUCAAAAUUGUACGUUUGUUAAGCAGGAGGCUGAACGAGAGCCCUUUGUGGAAGGUCGGCUUGUUUAUUUUUUAACUACUUCACCCUGUUUACAAUAGCGCUUUCUAUGUGUACGCUGACAUUGCGUGUUUAGAUCCCAUUGAGUGGUCCCAGUCGCUCCUACCUAAAACAUUAUCGUAUAAUACUUAAAGUUGAUUUUUAACGUAAAGGAGACGGGCCAGACUGGGAGCCUGUAGGCACACUGGUAGGUUGGUAGGCUUGGGAGAAGAGAAGUAGAUGGGUGUGGCAGGUUCUGAGGAUGGGAGGCCUGACCUGAGAUUGAAAGAAAACUGUCAAGUUAGGAAGAAGACCCCAGAGGGAUCCUCCUUUGCAUAGUAAGUGAGAAGAAUAUUCUUUGCCUAGAGGCAAAUGUGAAGCACCAAUGCAUUCAUUGGCCCUGCCACAGGAUGUCCUCUCCUCUCCCCCUGGCCAGUCCUUAUGGGUGAUGUUCUUCAAGGCGCCAUGCCUUGGUUUGGUCAACAGUGGCCUAUACCUGUGUGGUUUGUAAAACCUAGUCCUGGAAAGCUGGCUCCUGCGGAGGUGUUGGGCAAUUGGGGCCGGCCGGCAGCCAGCUUCUGAUGUGGUUGGCUGCCUGGCUCACACCUCUUAGGUGCUGGCGAGAUGGCAAGAUCCAAUGGCCCCAGGCUACUACGGAGGUGGGCAGGAUGCCACCAUCUUCCAGAGCCUUCCUCCUCUCUUUGUCUUCAGGAGUCCAAUGGGCACAGGCCCUGGCUUCCCAUUGCCUUAGGCCGGCUGCCAUCACGGCGAGGCAUUGGGCAGGCCCACCCGUGGGAGCCAUUGGGCAAGGUUGGCCUGGCCUGGCUCUGUCCGUCUGAUAAAAGGAGCUAUGGAUCUAGGGAUUCUUCCCUUUAGAUAUUUUUUAAGGCCGAGUAUCUCCUGUUAGAUAAGAUAUACAUGUCGUACACGUACGUUCUUUGUACUGUUUCUCUGUUGUUUCCGUGGCUUAUUGUGCAUACUUGUGCAUCUCAAACGUAGUUAAGCUAGUGUGGGAGGCUUUUUCAGUCUACUGCUAAGAGGUCCUGCUGAGCAGUACCCACAAGCCAUAACUUACUCAUGGCAUCGAGGACCUUUGGUUCUAAUUUUUGAUGACAGGGAAAGAAGGCUCAGCUGGCUCGUAGAGUCUAGAGGGGAGGGUUGUGUGGACCCUAAUGACGACAACUCAUCCUGAAGUUCAGGAACAUUCCUGCUCCUGUGUGUUCAUUGCCACACUCUUCUCUUCUCCAGAGGGGUCGAAUUCAUUUUCUAUCGAUGCUGAAAUACAUUGCAUUGAACCUGGUGGCUUAAAACAGCGUAGAUUUGUUGUCGAACAGUUUUGGAGCCCAGCAGUUUGAAAUCACGUUCACUAAGCUGAAGUUAAGGUGUUGCCAGGGCUCAUUCCUUCUGGAAACUCUGAGGGGAGAUCUGUUUCCUUGCAUUCUCUAGAUUCUGGCACCCACCCAUACUCCUUGGCUCACGAUCACUUCCUCUGUUACACCACCUCUUGCUCCCAUCAUCAUAUCUACGUCUGUCUGACUGUUCUCUUGCAUCCUUGUUAUAGGGACCCUUGUAGUUACAUCAGGCCCACCUGAUAAUUCUGUCUCAAGAUCCUUUGCUUGAUCCCAUAUGCAAAGUCUCAUUUGCCAGUCUUACUGUGACACAUUCACGAGUUCCGGACAUUAGGAUAUGGACAUCUUGCGUGGCUGUUGGGCAGCCCACCACAGGGGUCCUGUGGAGGAAUUAGUGCAGUUGGCCUAAAAGGAAGGCCCCACGUGGGCCUGGAGUCAGGUGGCUGGGGAAACUAAUGCUAAAAGCUGAACCGAGCAUUCCUCGGAAAGCUUGGAGCAGUGUACCUGUUCUGGCAAAGGAUUUUUCCUUGGGAAGGAGGGGAAGACUUUGAGCGGAAAUUUGGUAGCCUCUCUCCUCCCCAAACCGUGCAAUACUGUUUUGUUAAAUUCUAAUGUGGUGAGGCACCAAGAGUUGUCCUUGAGAGAGUAAGAGAGUGUUUAUAAAGGAUUCCCGAGGAAGAAUCCAGGCAUUGUAAGACUAAGAGCAAAGUUUCAGGGAAAUCUGACAGCAUUUGCGAGGUCAACCACAGGGUACAGAUGGGCAGCCCACGAUGGUAGGUGGGAUGGCGGCCUCCUCAGCGUUCCUUAUAUAGUCUCAGGGACAGGCUCUUACCCCCAAGAGUGACAGGUCUGUGACAUGUUGUCAGAAAUGGUUCCUGUGUGGCCUGGUGGUGUGUCCAGUCCCUGGGUAAUUUUUGGCAGCCUCAGAGGAGACCCUGUUCAUAGAAUGGGGAUAUGUUUCUACAACCAUCAUGGAUGCAUUUUCUACCAGAAGGGAUAUUGUGAAUGAUACUUCAUUCCUUGGCCAGCCCCUGGUAUUAGUCUGAACUCUGAAAUUGCCCUUUUUUUGGAUGACAGUAAUUAAAUAACAUUAUGGAGGCAUGUGUUAGGUUCAAGGUAAGGAUCUUAAAGCCACAAUUUUUGGAACAAGUGUAGGUAAUUGGUUGCCCAGCUCAUAUCAUACAUGCCAGGAUCUCAAAACUUGAGAGAGAAAUGGUUUAUAGCACAUUCCUCUUUUUUUUUUUUACAUCCAGUUGCCAAGAUUAUGAAAAAAGAGGUUCCAAGGAGAACUUGUGGGAUGGAGGUUAGUUGGUGCCCUAGGGCCUAUGGCCCCUGUCGGCCACGGGCUUGCGACCCUGUCACAGUGCAGAGGGGGGCUGAGAUGCUAACGUGAAUGCAUUGUGGAAUUGAACAGGGGUAUGAGGCACUCUGCCUACUAUUAGUGAGAUGGGGUGCUGUUGGAGAACUGACAUCAAGUUCUUGGUCAGCCCUGCCUGCAAAGCAUGGUUCAGAAGUCUGCUUCUUCACGUGCAAUGUUUGUAAGUGGCUUUGGCGUUGGUUGUAGCUCACAUGUGCUUUGUGCUCAAUGAGCUGAUUGCACUUCUUUCCCUAAAGACAGUAUUCAGUAUUGGUGGAAGAGGCUUCCUCCUUCUUGGGCCUCCAAGGCAGCAAUUGGCUUCUACUUGGUGAUAGAAACCUACCCGGUGCCCCCAGGAUUUAUAUGAAUCACCCAGGGAACACCAAAAAAAAGGGCAUCCCAACAAAUUGAGUUAAAAGCCACCUUAAUUCUCCUUGUGUUAUCCCACAUUAUCUUGGGAGGUUAGCUUCCGUCUUAAAAAUCUGUUGGGGGGGAUUUGUGAUAUUAACAUGUUCUGUGUUAGCCACUUGAUUUGAAUGCUCCUUAAUUUGAGUAGAGCCUGUGUGCCGGACAGUCUGGCCUUGGAGGGGGUGGUUUCCGAAGAUGGACACAGAACACAUCAGCCGACUGGAGACUUCUGGCUGCCAGCUCAGUCCUUUUAUGAGGUGUCCAGAGUCAGCUCCCCUGAGAGGAUGAGGCUGAGAUGAGGUAACCUGGUUCCGCAGGUCAGCAGGGAAGGUUCUGCCUUGGGGCGAUGGGCCGAGUGCUCUGAUAAUGCAGCAUCUCCCCUUUAAUGCAUCUUCAGUGUGGAUUAUACUAUUAAUUACUGCUGGACAAAAAGGGAUUAGUGCAGCUGGCCUGCUUUCCCCUCUGCACUUUUACACUUCCCCUUUGCUAGGGAAUGGCCAAAGGGCAAUAGGCUUUCCUGUCAUCUGUCUUUUGUUUCAGCAGCAGUGGCUGCUGAACCUUCUGUGCUCACUAGGACAGGAAUGAACGGGGCACCGUGCAGAGUCUUGAACUCCGUUUGGCACAUGGGCAGUCUGUGGAAGUGGGGCUGUUUCCUUCCUCAGAGUUGGGCAUUCUUCGCCAGGCUGCGCGGUGUCUGACUGCCUCUUCCCAGCAGGGAGAGUAACCCUGCAGCCUUUCAGCUAUCAGAAUGCUUUGCAGAGUGCUUCCUUCCCAAGGGGCCGCUCCUUCAUGGGUGCUUUCUGUGAACGUCCCAAGGUGCUUUGUCCCUUUAAGAGUUUCCUAAAUGAUCAGGUUAAGGGCAAAGGAUGGUUCUGCCUUCUGCUGUGGGUCACCUCUAGCCCCAGUGCGAGGUGGGAUUUUGGUAACUGGCACUGAACUCAUACCUUGUAAUUUGAGACCUUCUGAGUUCCUAAGCUUUACUACCCUUAUCCUUGCAUAGUAUGGCAAAGAUCUUAAGCAGUUACAUUUUCUAUUAUGUAUUACGUAUGUUUUAUAUAUUAUAUUAGUGAUUAUUUUUUUAUAUCUUCCCCAUAUUUGGGCUAGUACACUAAUUUUUCAUCCAUAGGGAAUAACAUUUUUUUUUAAACAGGUGAGGCCUUAAGUAACAACACCUCAGUAAUAAUCCUCCUAGGAGUCCAUAACUUGGUAGCGUUUGCAGUUACAUACGAUGUAAUCUGUUGUGUGCGCAGGCGUGUGGCUGUUUAUUGACAUCCUUCAUUAUAUGGUAACGUAAUAUACAGAAUUUCCCAGCUGCAGAAAUUAGAAAGCGGGAAACCGAUUUCUUCAACAUGAGUUGGAAAACUGAUUGAGUUUGUUUUUUCUUUUCUUUUUUAAAAAAAGUUGACAUUGCAUAAUUGGUGGGAAGGACAGUGGUAUAAUGCUUAUAAUCACAAGUUAAUUGAGUUAACUUGGGAUUUAUGUUCAUUUUAAGUCAUAAUGGAGAAGUCUCUGACAGCGGAGAUGCCUAAUGUGGAACAUUCCUGAAAUGGGAGAGGCUAGUUGAGGGCGAACCUGGGAAUUUCUCCUAUCUUCUCAGCGGUACAUUUGUGAAUUCAGGUUUUACCACGGUAGUCUGGUGGAAACCUGAUGAAACUUCAUUGUUUUGGAUACUUCCUUUUCCUUGAAGCUCUUUAGUUCUCUUCUGAACUAGGACAUUACAGAAUUAGAAAUUAUUUUUCCCUCCUCCCUUCUCUAGCCACAGAUGUUUAUCAUCUUGGAGCCAAGUCUUGCUCAAUGAAACUAAUCUCUAAAUUUCAUCAAAGAAAGUAUGGAAAUUUACUUGGUUAUAUACUUACACAGUCUAUCUGGGAUGGGUUUAAUUCCAUUUAUUGAGAGAUGGCUUUGCUUUUUAAAUUAAUUUUUAAAGAGGCAAUACAUGCCCAUAAUAAAAUUUUCAGAAGGUACAGAAGAGACUUCCUUUCCCUCUUUCCUGUGCAGUGUGCCCCACAAUCACUCAGUUCCCCAGAAUCGCCUGCUGUUAUAUCCCUUCUAGGAGGUAUAUAUUUGGAAUAGGGCUGUCAUGGCAUUAUAAAAUACUCUUUUCACUACUUAAGUAGUGUUUUCUGCCUAAAAGAUUUUUUCCCCUUUGUCAGAGUUUCUUCAUCUUCUAUCAGAGAUGUUUUUAUCCUCUUUAGAAUACUUAAUAUUAAAAACAUUAAUGAAAUCCAGCUACUUGGAAAUUUAAAAAUAUUCUCCUGAAUCACUUGGGGGGAAGAGGAGAUGAAAUUAUUGUUACGGAAUCACUGAGAAAUACUAAGAAUUCAGCAUACUUAAAUGUAUGGGUUAUUGCCAAAGUUAUAUUCCGGGGCACAUCCGUAGCUCUGAAUCUUUUUGUUCUUAUAUAAGAAGAAAUGAAAGUAAUUGAAUUAAGUCUUCAACUCAAAGUUGGAAAGAAUAAAACAAGCCGAGUAAGAUGUAGCUAAUGCUAAUGAAUUAGAAAACAGGCAAAAAUACUGAAGUGGUAAACCUAAGAGCUAUGUAUUUGGGGGGAAAAAUCAAAGACAUAGAGCAAAGCACCCUCAUGCUUCAUUAACCCAAAUAAACCCACAAAACUAAAAAUGAGUUGAUGUGAUGGAAAAAAAAAGGAGUAACAAAUUAUAAAUUCUAUUUGAGGUAAUUAUUUUAUAACAUAAAAAUAAAGUAAUUUUGAAAUACAGCAAUUUUGAAAAUCUCCCUUGACAUGGCUGUUCUAGGGAGAUGACUCAGAAGUCUGAAUCUUGAAACAAGGAACUAGAGAAGCUGAACAUUAGAAAAAAAAUUUCCAAAAAGAACUCUGGAUGCAAGUAGUUUCAUGGAGGAGUUCUUUUAAACUUUGGGGGGCAAAAUAAUUACCUGCUGAGUAAACUGCUUCAGAGCAGAGAAAAAGAGAACGUUCCAGUUGGUUUUUACAAAGCUAGCAUAACUCUAGAAACCUAAAAUCAUUAGAAAGAUGACACAAGAAGACUAAGGACUGAGCUCAGACAGGAAUAUACAUGCAAAAACAACAUAUAAAACAGUUGUAGAUUGAAUUCAGUGGCAUUUUGAAAGAAUUAUGACCACAUAGGAUUUAUCCCUGAAUUGUAAGAAGGUCUGUUAUUCGGUACAUCACCUACGUAGAACAAAGAAGAAAAACACUGUAUCUAUACGUGUGUGUGUAUACAUACAUACAGACAGACAGACAGACAGACAGAGUGGGUCAGACAGAGAUAGAGACACUUGCUAAAUUUCUACUCUUAUUUCUAGUUUGCUUAGAUUUAAAAAAAUAAAAAACAAACCUGUGAAGAGAUUGCAUUAAUUUGAUGAAGAAAUCAGCAGCCCCAACCCUCCCAGCUAGAAACUUACUGAUGAACCAGAAGAGGCAGCAGAAUGAAAUUGGGAACAAAACAUGGAUUGCCCAGUGUACUCAUUUCUUUUUUCCUGCCUUAUUGAAUUGGCCAGACCUUAAAAACCAAAGUCAGAUCAUGGUUAAAAAGAAACAAAAAUCAUUUUCACAUGUCGUUGUCUUCCUAGAAUACCCAUUACACACUUAAAUGGAAUUAAACAUAGAGUUCAGUUACAAAAUAAGAUUUCAGAAAUCACUAGCUUUCUCACAUAGCAGGAAAACUCAGAAGAUAUUACAGAGCCCACUCAAUGGAAUGGAAUCAAAUAGAAACGUGUUCGGUAAAGGUAGCAUUUCAAAUCACAGGAAUUAAAAUAAUAAAAAUUCACUUUUUUCAGUAUUUCUGAGUGAUAAGCAUUAUGCUCAACACUUUCACAUGAACUUAGGUCACUGGAUGUGGUAGACACCCCGAAUGGUUCCAUUCUCUCAGGUUCAGAAAGUUGAAGUAAGUUGCCCACAGUCCCUCAGACUUGAGCACUGGUCUGACUGACAGCAAAACCAGUGGUCUCUGACAUUAUGCUUUACCACCUGUAGUACUAUGCAGUAUUGUACAUGAUGCAACAAAUUGUUGGAGCAUAGUUAGCUAACCAAGUAGGGGGAAAAGUUAAGUUCAAGCCAUUCCCCACAGCAUACAUUACCAUAAUUCCCAGAGAAAUUAGGUAAAAGGAAAACUGAAAUCAAGAAAGGGCUACCAGAAAGUAUAGGUUAAUAUUACUCUUAAUAUGGGACAGGGAGGGAUAUUAGGCCUAAUUCUUCUAGUGAAAAAAUUGUAAAACAGAAAAGAUUGAUUUACUACAUUGAAAAAAUUCUGUAUACUGGGCACUAAAUACAACAUUUUAAAGGCAUUUGACAAAUUGGGAAAAGAUGUUGAAAGCACAUAUAUUUGACAGAGUUUGUCCUAAAAAUCUUCAAUAUAGAAAGAGUCUUAGAAUCAAUGACAGACAAAGAUAGCAGAAAAACGAGCAAAGAAUAUUAAUGGGUAACUCCUAGGAAGGAUAAAUUCAGAUCGCCCAUUCCAUUCGAAGGUUCCACUGGAGAGCUCCUUGUUUUAACUUAUUUGAUUGCUAGAGAGAUCAAGCUUUUUGCGUGUUUUUCAAUGAAGAAUUCGUUAUAAAGCAAAUACCCUGUUAUGGCAAAGGGGUGCACACUUUCUGCAGAGUAGUUUGGUAGUAUGUGUUAAGAAGCUUUAAAAUAAAGUGUGUUUAAAUUUGUAGGUUUUCUCACCAUAAACUUCUGAUUCUCCUUACUCUGUCCUGCCUUUCCUUUUUUACCUUAGCCUGUGUUACCUAAUAAAAUACUACGUAAUUUAACCUCUAAUAUCUUGAUUGUCUCCCCUGCUAGAAUAAGUUUCACAAGGGCAGGGGUUUUUGUGUUUUUGCUAAUUGUUCACCAAUCUCUAGAGUAGGGCUGGUAACACAGCAACUUCAUUUAUAGUAAAGAAAUCAUCUGUUGUGCAAAAGAAAUUUAUAAAUAAGAGCUUUAUUAUAGGCAUUUAUAAUAGUGAAAAUUGGAAACCAUCUAAACCUCUCACAGGGGAUUGAUUUAAGCUGUGGUGCAUCCAUAUGGCAGAUUCUUAUGUGGCUAUUUAAAACUCCUGUCUCCUGGUUAUGAUGUGGGAAAACAGUGAUGUUAAAUUAAAUUAAAGGAGGCUGUGUGCACCAUAGAACUUCAGUUUAAUUUUUAAAAUACGGGGUGGCUAAAGAAUUCAUAUAACAGAGGAUUAACCGAGUGGUUAUUUCCAGGUGGCAGAAGUCAGGCCACUGUUAAUACUGUGUUUUCUGAACUCUGAAUAGUGAAUGUCUGUUACAUCCAUAAUAAAAGUUGGUGAGAGUGUAGCAUCACUUGAAUAGCUCUGGUCUGUGGCCAUGUCUGGAAGACUUUAGGAGAUUAUUCAAUCUCAAGGAUUAGCAAGAGCCGAAUUAAAAAAAAAAAUCAGCAAGAAUGCUUCAGAAAAUGUCCUUAGGUUACGUCGUCUUAAAUAUUUAUGAUCUUUACUGUAAGUGUCCAGAGUCUAUGUGUGUGUGUACACGUAAUGGAAGUGUUGGUCAGUGAUGUGCAAGCUUGUGGAAUCCUGGAGAUGUGAGAACACCUCUUCCCAGUGUAGAUUUCUUGAUGGAAACGCUGAGUGCUCUUCCUGGUAGGUCAUAGAAUUUGAGAAUAAACUGAGGUUGUGCCUCAGCAAAAGCUGGGAACCAGGAUUUUCCAUUCUCAGAUUAACCAAGAGGCACACUCUACUGCGUGUGACCCAUCCUUGUGUGGAAGGACUUAGGUGGACAGGUGUAGGAUAAGGUGCCAAGUUAGAGGGUGAAAUGCAAGGGGAUGACGACCCGCUGCAGGACGUUAAUCAGCAGCGUUGUGCCAAAGAGAAGGUCGGACUUACUGAGGGGAUUUUCUUGGCCAGCAAAUCAGAAGUAUGUUCAGCAUGCUUGGGCUGAAAUUUCCCAGAUCCCUAGAGUCAUGUGGCAUCUUGGCCAGCAUUUAAAUUCUGUCUCUGCUGCUUUCGGACUACGGCCCUCAGUUUCUUUUUCCGUAAAAGGGGGAAGUUAGACUAGAUGGUAUCCCAGCUCUCCUUUCAGGUUUGACUUUUUUUCUAAAGGAAUCUGAUGUCUUUUUAUUUUAAGGGAUGCAUUUUAUUUUAUUUUCAAAGUUUACUUAUUUAUUAAGUAAUCUCUACACCCACCAUGGGCUCGAACUCACGACUCCGAGAUGAAGAGUCACAUGCUCUUCUGACUGAGCCAGGUAGGCGCCCCGUUAGGGCAUGCAUUUCACAUGUCUCUGUGUUAUCUGUGGUGAUGCAGAAGCCCAGGGAGUAGGGUCACUUCAUAGCUCUGUGAACCAAAACCUAAGCUGGAUAGCUGAAGUCACAUGGUGGGGGAAAAGCAGCUGUGAUGGGUGUGUCUGGACUCAGCCUCAGCAAGAAUCCCAGCCCUGCCUCUGACUGGCCCAAACCUUCUCCUUUUCAUUUGUGAAACGGAGGGGGAAGUGUUAGUUUUCCCUUGCUACAUGGCACAUUAUCCCUAAAUGUAGUGGCUUAGUACGGCAGACGUUUAUUAUCCCACAGUUUCUGUGGGUCAGGAAUCUGGAUGUGACUUCGCUGGGCCCUUUGUCUCAGGAUCUGUCGUGAGGGCCUUGGCCAGGGCUGCACUCUGACCGAGGGCUCGCCUGGGGAAGGACCUGAUCUGAACUCAUUCACACGGUCACGGUUGGCAGGGUUCAGUACCUCCGGGACUGCGGGAUUGAGGGCCUCUGCACCUUGUUGGCAGGACGCUGCCUUUAGUUUCUUGCCACGAGGGCUUCUCCUUAGAGCAAGCAGCACACAAUAUGGCAUGUAGCCUCUGUGAGGCAGAGGGGGACAGGGUGCAGAAAACAGAGACUUACUGUCUUUGUAGCCUCCUCUCAGAAGUGACCUGUUCUAUUCGUAGCCUCUGAGUUAGAAGUGAGUCACUGUGCAGAGCUCACGCUGAAGGGGAGGGGUUAUUACACCCCCCUGUGAACACCAGGAGGUGGAGUCAGAGGGGCCUGCCCAUCAGGGUUGGUAAGGAGCGAGAGAGGAGGUGGUUUGUUAGUGUUGGGAACCUUCUAGAUGCUCCGUGUUAGCUCCUACCCCCCUGCCUUCCCCUGGUUACAGCUGCUUUGCUUAAGGAUGGUCUGUGGGGUGAAGAUUCCAGGAGUGGGUGGAGGUGUGUGUGUGUGUGUGUGGGGGGGUCUCACUGCCUGAUCUGAUUGUCCAUUCACUGUCUUACACACUUAAGCCUGGAAGUGCGUGUUGGCUGGCCCGUUAGACUCCAGCUCCUCGCCCCGUGUCUGCUGGGUGUGGUGUGUCUAGCGUAACUUGAGAGGGAAAUGGGCGUUUGGCUGAUGACAACGUCCAGUGAGUGUUUCCGUGGGUCGGACAGCUAUUUAGGGAGACGCCCGGGAGCUCUUUGGGAGCCGGCGGGUUGAAACCGCACAGCCUCCUGAAGUUGCCCCCUUUUGGUUUCUGAACGCCACCACCUGUACCUGGAGGUGUGCCUGGUGCAGACUCUGGUUGGGGACACUCCGGUGGAUAGAGCUGGGUGCCAGACAUUGCCACAACCCUCGGAAAUGAGUCCGAUCCGUACUGGGUGCAAUGAAAGCUCUACGCAGGCCUUACCAUGGAAGGCUGUGACUCGCCUGUCGUCUCGGGGAAGGACAAUGGGUGCGGUAUCCCUCAGCACCAGCAAUGGACUGAACUCAACAGCACCCACCUCCCCGACAAACCCAGUAGCAUGGAGCAGUCCACAAGCGAGAACCACGGGCCCCUGGACAGCCUGAGGGCCCCCUUCAAUGAGCGCCUCGCGGAGAGCUCCGCCUCGGCCGGCCCCACCGCCGAGCCCGCCGGCAAGGAGGUCAGCUGCAACGGGUGCUCGGCCUCCUUCGCCAGCCUGCAGACCUACAUGGAGCACCACUGUCCCAGCGCGCGCCCCCCGCUGCCCCUGAGGGAGGAGAGCGGGAGCGACACCAGUGAGGAGGGGGACGAGGAGAGUGAUGUGGAGAACCUGGCUGGGGAGAUAGUCUACCAGCCCGACGGCUCGGCCUACAUUGUCGAGAGCCUGAGCCAGCUGACCCAAAGCGGGGGCGCCUGUGGCAGCGGCAGCGGGCCCCCCCCCUCGCUCUUCCUGAACUCUCUCCCCGGGGCGGGGGGCAAACAAGGGGACCCUUCUUGUGCUGCACCAGUCUACCCACAGAUCAUCAACACUUUCCACAUAGCCUCAUCCUUCGGGAAAUGGUUUGAGGGCCCAGACCAGGCUUUCCCGAAUACCUCAGCCCUGACGGGGCUCAGCCCCGUCCUGCACAGCUUCCGCGUGUUUGACGUGCGACACAAAAGCAACAAGGAUUACCUGAACAGCGACGGCUCCGCCAAAAGCUCCUGCGUAUCCAAAGAUGUUCCCAACAACGUGGACCUGUCCAAAUUCGAUGGCUUUGUGCUCUACGGCAAGAGGAAGCCCAUCCUGAUGUGCUUCCUGUGCAAACUCUCCUUCGGGUACGUCCGUUCGUUUGUGACCCACGCGGUGCACGACCAUCGAAUGACCCUGAGUGAAGACGAGCGGAAAAUUCUUAGCAAUAAGAACAUCUCCGCUAUCAUCCAAGGGAUUGGCAAAGACAAGGAACCCCUUGUGAGUUUUUUGGAACCAAAAACCAAAAACUUUCAACACCCUUUAGUUUCUACGGCUAACCUCAUAGGCCCCGGACACAGUUUUUAUGGGAAAUUUAGUGGCAUUCGGAUGGAAGGGGAGGAGGCUCUCCCAGCCGGCUCUGCUGCCGGCCCCGAGCAGCCCCAGGCUGGUAUCUUGACCCCCAGCACCCUCUUGAACCUUGGCGGGCUCACCAGCUCGGUCCUGAAGACCCCCAUUACCUCAGUCCCCCUGGGGCCUCUGGCCUCCAGUCCUACCAAAUCCUCAGAGGGCAAGGACUCUGGGGCAGCAGAAGGAGAGAAGCAAGAAGUAGGCGAUCCGGAUUGUUUCUCCGAGAAAGCAGAGCCAGCCGAGGAGGAGGCAGAGGAGGAAGAGGAGGAAGAAGAGGCAGAGGAGGAGGAGGAGGAAGAAGAGGAGGAAGAAGAGGAGGAGGAAGACGAGGGUUGCAAAGGACUCUUUCCAAGUGAGUUGGACGACGAACUGGAGGACAGGCCCCACGAGGAGGCUGGGGCCGUGGCAGGUAGCAGCAGCAAAAAGGACCUUGCUCUCUCAAACCAAAGCAUUUCUAACUCCCCCUUAAUGCCUAAUGUGCUCCAGACCCUGUCGAGGGGCACAGCUUCUACUAGUUCUAAUUCUGCUUCUUCCUUUGUUGUCUUUGAUGGUGCGAACAGGAGGAAUCGUUUAAGCUUUAACAGUGAGGGCGUCAGGGCCAAUGUGGCAGAGGGCGGCAGGAGGCUGGACUUUGCUGACGAAAGUGCCAAUAAAGACAAUGCCACAGCACCAGAACCAAAUGAAAGCACAGAGGGCGACGAUGGGGGCUUUGUCCCCCAUCACCAGCACGCUGGCUCCCUCUGCGAGCUUGGGGUUGGGGAAUGCCCCUCGGGGAGCGGCGUGGAGUGCCCCAAAUGCGACACGGUCCUGGGCUCCUCCCGCUCGCUGGGCGGCCACAUGACCAUGAUGCAUUCUCGUAACUCAUGUAAGACACUUAAGUGCCCCAAGUGCAACUGGCACUACAAGUACCAGCAGACACUGGAGGCUCACAUGAAGGAGAAGCACCCGGAGCCGGGGGGCUCCUGUGUCUACUGCAAAAGCGGGCAGCCCCACCCUCGGUUGGCACGAGGUGAGAGCUACACGUGUGGUUACAAGCCUUUCCGCUGUGAGGUGUGUAACUACUCCACAACUACCAAAGGCAACCUCAGUAUUCAUAUGCAGUCCGACAAGCAUCUCAACAACAUGCAGAACCUGCAGAACGGAGGGGGGGAGCAGGUGUUCAGCCACUCGGCCGGGGCGGCGGCGGCGGCGGCGGCGGCGGCUGCGGCCGCGGCGGCCAACAUCGGCAGCUCCUGCGGGGCCCCCUCGCCCACCAAACCAAAAACCAAACCCACCUGGCGGUGCGAGGUGUGCGAUUACGAGACCAACGUGGCCAGGAACCUGCGCAUCCACAUGACCAGCGAGAAGCACAUGCAUAACAUGAUGCUGCUGCAGCAGAACAUGUCCCAGAUUCAACACAACCGCCACCUGGGCCUCGGCAGCCUGCCCUCGCCCGCCGAGGCCGAGCUUUACCAGUACUACCUGGCCCAGAACAUAAAUCUGCCCAACCUGAAGAUGGACAACACUGCCUCGGACGCCCAGUUCAUGAUGAGUGGAUUCCAGCUGGAUCCCGCCGGGCCCAUGGCCGCCAUGACGCCUGCUCUAGUGGGCGGUGAGAUCCCCCUAGACAUGCGCCUCGGGGGCGGGCAACUGGUGUCGGAGGAGCUGAUGAACCUGGGCGAGAGUUUCAUCCAGACCAACGACCCGUCUCUGAAGCUCUUCCAGUGUGCCGUGUGCAACAAGUUCACCACGGACAACCUGGACAUGCUGGGGUUGCACAUGAACGUGGAGCGCAGCCUCCCGGAGGACGAGUGGAAGGCCGUGAUGGGGGACUCGUACCAGUGCAAACUCUGCCGCUACAACACCCAGCUCAAGGCCAACUUCCAGCUGCACUGUAAGACCGACAAGCAUGUGCAGAAGUACCAGCUGGUGGCCCACAUCAAGGAGGGUGGCAAAGCCAAUGAGUGGCGGCUCAAGUGUGUGGCCAUCGGCAACCCUGUCCACCUCAAGUGCAACGCGUGUGACUACUACACCAACAGCCUGGAGAAGCUGCGGCUGCACACGGUCAACUCCAGACACGAGGCCAGCCUGAAGCUGUACAAGCACCUGCAGCAGCACGAGAGCGGAGUGGAGGGCGAAAGUUGCUAUUACCACUGCGUCCUGUGCAACUACUCCACCAAGGCCAAGCUGAACCUCAUCCAGCACGUGCGCUCCAUGAAGCACCAGCGCAGCGAGAGCCUGCGCAAGCUGCAGCGGCUGCAGAAGGGCCUUCCCGAGGAGGACGAGGACCUGGGGCAGAUCUUCACCAUCCGCAGGUGCCCCUCCACCGAUCCGGAAGAAGCCAUUGAAGAUGUUGAAGGGCCCAGUGAAGCGCCUGCUGACCCAGAGGAGCUUGCUAAAGACCAGGAGAGUGGAGGCGAGAAAGACCAGAGCAAGUGGACAGCAUCGUCCAGCCAAGCAGAGAAGGAGCUGACAGAUUCUCCCGCGACCUCCAAACGCAUCUCCUUCACAGGUAGCUCAGAAUCUCCUCUUUCUUCAAAGCGACCUAAAACAACAGAGGAGACCAAAUCAGAGCAGAUGUACCAGUGUCCCUACUGCAAGUACAGCAAUGCCGACGUCAACCGCCUCCGGGUGCACGCCAUGACGCAGCACUCCGUGCAGCCCAUGCUGCGUUGCCCCCUGUGCCAGGACAUGCUCAACAACAAGAUCCACCUCCAGCUGCACCUCACCCACCUCCACAGCGUGGCACCUGACUGCGUGGAGAAACUCAUUAUGACGGUGACCACCCCUGAGAUGGUGAUGCCCAGCAGCAUGUUCCUCCCAGCAGCUGUUCCAGAUCGAGACGGGAACUCCAAUCUGGAGGAGGCAGGAAAGCAGCCUGAAACCUCAGAGGAUUUGGGAAAGAACAUCUUGCCCUCUGUAAGCACAGAGCACAGUGGAGAUUUGAAACCUUCUCCUGCUGACCCAGGGGCUGUGAGAGAAGAUUCAGGCUUCCUGUGCUGGAAGAAGGGGUGCAACCAGGUUUUCAAAACUUCUGCCACUCUUCAGACCCACUUCAAUGAGGUUCAUGCCAAGCGGCCUCAGCUGCCUGUGUCAGAUCGCCAUGUGUACAAGUAUCGCUGUAAUCAAUGCAGCCUGGCUUUCAAGACCAUUGAAAAGCUCCAGCUCCAUUCUCAGUACCACGUGAUCAGAGCUGCCACCAUGUGCUGUCUUUGUCAGCGCAGUUUCCGAACUUUCCAGGCUCUGAAAAAACACCUUGAGACAAGCCACCUGGAGUUGAGUGAGGCCGACAUCCAACAGCUUUAUGGUGGCCUUCUGGCCAACGGGGACCUCCUGGCAAUGGGAGACCCUACCCUGGCCGAGGACCACACCAUAAUUGUUGAGGAAGACAAGGAGGAAGAGAGUGAUUUGGAAGAUAAACAGAGCCCAACAGGCAGUGACUCUGGGUCGGUACAAGAAGACUCAGGCUCAGAGCCAAAGAGAGCUCUACCUUUCAGGAAAGGCCCCAACUUCACCAUGGAAAAAUUUCUAGACCCCUCUCGCCCUUACAAGUGUACCGUUUGCAAGGAAUCCUUCACUCAAAAAAAUAUCCUGUUAGUGCACUACAAUUCUGUCUCCCACCUGCAUAAGUUAAAGAGAGCCCUUCAAGAGUCGGCAACUGGUCAGCCCGAACCCACCAGCAGCCCAGACAACAAACCUUUCAAGUGUAACACUUGUAAUGUGGCCUAUAGCCAGAGUUCCACUUUGGAGAUCCACAUGAGGUCUGUGUUGCAUCAAACCAAGGCCAGAGCAGCCAAGUUGGAGGCUGCAAGUGGCAAUAGCAAUGGGACUGGGAAUAGCAGCAGUGUCUCCCUGAGCUCCUCCACCCCAAGUCCUGUGAGCACCAGUGGCAGUAACACCUUUACCACCACCAAUCCAAGCAGUGCUGGCAUCGCUCCGAGCUCCAACUUACUGAGCCAAGUGCCCGCUGAAAGCGUAGGGAUGCCGCCCCUGGGGAAUCCCAUCGGUGCCAAUAUCACUUCCCCUUCAGAGCCCAAGGAGGCGAAUCGGAAGAAGCUAGCAGAUAUGAUUGCAUCCAGGCAGCAGCAACAGCAGCAGCAGCAACAACAAGCACAGACACUGGCCCAGGCCCAGGCUCAAGUUCAAGCUCACUUGCAGCAGGAGCUGCAGCAGCAGGCUGCCCUGAUCCAGUCGCAGCUGUUCAACCCCACCCUCCUUCCUCACUUCCCCAUGACCACAGAGACCCUGCUGCAGCUCCAGCAGCAGCAGCAUCUCCUCUUCCCCUUCUACAUCCCCAGUGCAGAGUUCCAGCUCAACCCUGAGGUGAGCUUGCCAGUGACCAGCGGGGCACUGACGCUGACGGGGACGGGCCCGGGCCUGCUGGAUGAUCUGAAGGCUCAGGUUCAGAUCCCACCGCAGAGCCACCAGCAGAUCCUACAGCAGCAGCAGCAAAGCCAGUUGUCUCUGUCGCAGAGUCACUCGGCCCUUCUGCAGCCAAGCCAGCACCCCGAAAAGAAAAACAAACUGAUCGUCAAAGAAAAGGAAAAAGAAAGCCAGAGAGAGAGGGACAGUGCUGAGGUGGGAGAGGGCAACCCAGCACCCAAGGAAUCGCUGCCGGAUGCCUUGAAGGCUAAAGAGAAGAAAGAGUUGGCACCGGCAGGUAGUUCCGAGCCUUCCAUGCUCCCUCCGCGCAUCGCCUCAGAUGCGAGAGGGAACGCCACCAAGGCCUUACUGGAGAACUUUGGCUUUGAGCUGGUCAUUCAGUACAAUGAGAACAAACAGAAGGUGCAGAAGAAGAAUGGGAAGACUGAGCAGGGAGAGAACCUGGAAAAGCUGGAGUGUGACUCCUGUGGCAAGUUGUUUUCUAACAUCUUGAUUUUAAAGAGUCAUCAAGAGCACGUUCACCAAAACUACUUUCCCUUUAAACAGUUAGAGAGAUUUGCUAAACAGUACCGAGAGCACUACGAUAAACUGUACCCCCUGAGGCCCCAGACCCCGGAGCCCCCACCACCACCUCCCCCACCCCCUCCUCCACCCCCACUUCCCACAGCACCGCCUCAGCCAGCUUCCACGCCAGCCAUCCCUGCAUCGGCCCCGCCCAUCACUUCACCGACGAUUGCACCGACCCAGCCAUCUGUGCCACUCACCCAGCUCUCCAUGCCCAUGGAGCUGCCCAUCUUCUCCCCGCUGAUGAUGCAGACGAUGCCACUGCAGACCUUGCCGGCUCAGCUUCCCCCUCAACUUGGACCUGUGGAGCCUCUGCCUGCGGACCUGGCCCAGCUGUACCAGCAUCAGCUCAAUCCAAGCCUGCUCCAGCAACAGAACAAGAGGCCUCGCACCAGAAUCACAGAUGACCAGCUCCGGGUCCUGCGACAGUAUUUUGACAUUAACAACUCCCCCAGUGAAGAGCAGAUCAAAGAAAUGGCAGACAAGUCUGGGUUGCCCCAGAAGGUGAUCAAGCACUGGUUCAGAAACACCCUCUUCAAAGAGCGGCAGCGUAACAAGGAUUCCCCUUACAACUUUAGCAAUCCUCCUAUCACCAGCCUGGAGGAGCUCAAGAUUGACUCCCGGCCCCCUUCUCCGGAACCGCAGAAGCAGGAGUACUGGGGAAGCAAGAGGUCUUCAAGAACAAGGUUUACAGAUUACCAACUGAGAGUCCUACAGGAUUUCUUUGAUGCCAAUGCUUACCCAAAGGAUGAUGAAUUUGAGCAACUCUCUAAUUUACUGAACCUUCCAACCCGAGUCAUAGUGGUGUGGUUUCAAAAUGCCCGACAGAAGGCCAGGAAAAAUUAUGAGAAUCAGGGGGAGGGCAAAGACGGAGAGCGGCGCGAGCUUACAAACGAUAGGUAUAUUCGAACAAGCAACUUGAACUACCAGUGCAAAAAAUGUAGCCUGGUGUUUCAGCGCAUCUUUGAUCUCAUCAAGCAUCAGAAGAAGCUGUGUUACAAAGAUGAGGAUGAGGAGGGGCAGGAUGACAGCCAAAAUGAGGAUUCCAUGGAUGCCAUGGAAAUCCUGACACCCACCAGCUCCUCCUGCAGCACCCCAAUGCCCUCACAGGCAUACAGCGCCCCAGCAUCAUCGGCCAACACAGCUUCCUCAGCUUUCUUACAGCUCACGGCAGAGGCUGACGAACUGGCCACUUUUAGUUCAAAAACAGAGGCGAGUGAUGAGAAACCAAAGCAGGCUGAACCUCCCAGUGCACAGCCAAACCAAACCCAAGAAAAGCAAGGACAACCAAAGGCAGAGCUGCAGCAGCAAGACCAGCCUGAGCAGAAGACAAACACAGCCCAGCAAAAGCUCCCACAGCUCACUUCCCCUGCUGCGUUGCCACAGCCUCCUCCACAAGCACCCCCACCUCAGUGCCCCUUACCCCAGUCAAGCCCCAGUCCUUCCCAGCUCUCCCACCUGCCCCUCAAGCCCCUCCACACGUCGACUCCUCAACAGUUGGCAAACCUACCUCCUCAGCUAAUCCCCUACCAGUGUGACCAAUGUAAGUUGGCAUUUCCAUCGUUUGAGCACUGGCAGGAGCAUCAGCAGCUUCAUUUUCUGAGUGCACAGAAUCAGUUCAUCCACCCCCAGUUUUUGGACAGGUCACUGGAUAUGCCUUUCAUGCUGUUUGACCCUAGUAACCCACUCCUGGCAAGCCAGCUGCUCUCUGGGGCCAUACCUCAGAUUCCAGCCAGCUCGGCCACUUCUCCUUCAACUCCGACCUCCACAAUGAACACUCUGAAGAGGAAGCUGGAGGAAAAGGCCAGUGCAAGCCCUGGAGAAAAUGACAGUGGGACAGGAGGAGAAGAACCUCAGAGAGACAAGCGUUUGAGGACAACUAUUACACCAGAACAGCUAGAAAUACUGUACCAAAAGUAUCUAUUAGACUCCAAUCCAACUCGAAAGAUGUUGGAUCACAUUGCGCAUGAGGUGGGCUUAAAGAAACGUGUGGUACAAGUCUGGUUUCAGAAUACCCGAGCCCGGGAACGGAAAGGACAGUUCCGGGCUGUGGGCCCAGCCCAGGCCCAUAGGAGAUGCCCCUUUUGCAGAGCACUCUUCAAAGCCAAGACUGCCCUUGAGGCUCAUAUCCGGUCCCGUCAUUGGCAUGAAGCCAAGAGAGCUGGCUACAACCUUACUCUGUCUGCAAUGCUCCUAGACUGUGAUGGGGGACUUCAGAUGAAAGGAGAUAUUUUUGAUGGAACCAGCUUUUCCCACCUACCCCCAAGCAGUAGUGAUGGCCAAGGUGUGCCCCUCUCACCUGUGAGUAAAACCAUGGAGUUGUCUCCCAGAACUCUUCUUAGCCCUUCUUCCAUCAAGGUGGAAGGGAUUGAAGACUUUGAAAGCCCCUCCAUGUCCUCAGUUAAUCUAAACUUUGACCAAACCAAGCUGGACAAUGACGACUGUUCCUCUGUCAACACAGCAAUCACAGAUACCACUACAGGAGACGAGGGCAAUGCAGAUAAUGACAGUGCAACGGGAAUAGCAACUGAAACCAAAUCCUCCUCUGCACCCAAUGAAGGGUUGACCAAAGCGGCCAUGAUGGCAAUGUCUGAGUAUGAAGAUCGGUUGUCAUCGGGUCUGGUCAGUCCAGCCCCAAGCUUUUACAGCAAGGAAUAUGACAAUGAAGGUACAGUGGACUAUAGUGAAACCUCAAGCCUUGCAGACCCCUGCUCCCCGAGUCCUGGUGCAAGUGGGUCAGCAGGCAAAUCUGGAGACAGUGGGGAUCGGCCAGGGCAGAAACGUUUUCGCACUCAGAUGACCAAUCUGCAGCUCAAAGUCCUCAAGUCAUGCUUUAAUGACUACAGGACACCCACCAUGCUAGAGUGUGAGGUCCUGGGCAAUGAUAUUGGACUGCCAAAGAGAGUUGUUCAGGUCUGGUUCCAGAAUGCCCGGGCAAAAGAAAAGAAGUCCAAGUUAAGCAUGGCCAAGCAUUUUGGUAUAAACCAAACAAGUUACGAGGGACCGAAAACAGAGUGCACUUUGUGUGGCAUCAAGUACAGCGCUAGGCUGUCUGUACGUGACCAUAUCUUUUCCCAACAGCAUAUCUCCAAAGUUAAAGACACCAUUGGAAGCCAGUUGGACAAGGAGAAAGAAUACUUUGACCCAGCCACUGUACGUCAGUUGAUGGCUCAACAAGAGUUGGACCGGAUUAAAAAGGCCAAUGAGGUCCUCGGACUGGCAGCUCAGCAGCAAGGGAUGUUUGACAAUGCCCCUCUUCAGGCUCUCAACCUUCCUACAGCAUAUCCCACGCUCCAGGGCAUUCCUCCUGUGUUGCUCCCCAGCCUCAACAGCCCCUCUUUGCCGGGCUUUACUCCAUCCAACACAGCUUUAACGUCUCCUAAACCGAACUUGAUGGGUCUGCCCAGCACAACAGUUCCUUCCCCUGGCCUCCCCACAUCUGGAUUACCAAAUAAACCGUCCUCAGCAUCGCUGAGCUCCCCGACCCCAGCACAAGCCACCAUGGCGAUGGCCCCUCAGCAACCCCCCCAACCCCAGCAGCAGCUACAGGUGCAGCCGCCGCCGCCCGCAGCCCAGCCACCACCUGCACCACAGCUCCCACCCCAACAGCAGCAACAGCAGCGCAAGGACAAAGACAGUGAGAAGGUCAAGGAGAAGGAAAAGGCACACAAAGGGAAAGGGGAGCCCCUCCCUGUCCCCAAGAAGGAGAAAGGAGAGGCCCCCACAGCGGCCACAGCCACGAUCUCAGCCCCGCUGCCCGCCAUGGAGUAUGCAGUGGACCCUGCGCAGCUGCAGGCCCUGCAGGCAGCCUUGACUUCGGACCCCACAGCGUUGCUCACGAGCCAGUUCCUUCCUUACUUUGUACCAGGCUUCUCUCCUUACUAUGCCCCCCAGAUCCCCGGCGCCCUGCAGAGCGGGUACCUGCAGCCUAUGUAUGGCAUGGAAGGCCUGUUCCCCUACAGCCCUGCACUGUCGCAGGCCCUGAUGGGGCUGUCCCCGGGCUCCCUACUGCAGCAGUACCAGCAAUACCAGCAGAGUCUGCAGGAGGCGAUCCAGCAGCAGCAGCAGCAGCGGCAACUGCAGCAGCAGCAGCAGCAGCAGCAGCAAAAAGUGCAGCAGCAGCCCAAAGCAAGCCAAACCCCAGUCCCCCAGGGGGCUGCUUCCCCAGACAAAGACCCUGCCAAAGAAUCCCCCAAACCAGAAGAGCAGAAAAACGCACCCCGUGAGGUGUCCCCCCUCCUGCCGAAACCCCCCGAAGAGCCAGAAGCAGAAAGCAAAAGUGCGGACUCCCUCUAUGACCCCUUCAUUGUUCCAAAGGUGCAGUACAAGUUGGUCUGCCGCAAGUGCCAGGCGGGCUUCGGUGACGAGGAGGCGGCAAGGAGUCACCUGAAGUCCCUCUGCUUCUUCGGCCAGUCUGUGGUGAACCUGCAAGAGAUGGUGCUUCACGUCCCCACGGGCGGCGGCGGCAGUGGCGGCGGCAGCGGUGGCGGCGGUGGCGGCGGCGGCUCGUACCACUGCCUGGCGUGCGAGAGCGCGCUCUGUGGGGAGGAAGCUCUGAGUCAACAUCUCGAGUCGGCCUUGCACAAACACAGAACAAUCACGAGAGCAGCAAGAAACGCCAAAGAGCACCCUAGUUUAUUACCUCACUCUGCCUGCUUCCCCGAUCCUAGCACCGCAUCUACCUCGCAGUCUGCCGCUCACUCAAACGACAGCCCCCCUCCCCCGUCGGCCGCCGCCCCCUCCUCGUCCUCCGCUUCCCCCCACGCCUCCAGGAAGUCUUGGCCGCAAGUGGUCUCCCGGGCUUCGGCCGCGAAGCCCCCUUCUUUUCCUCCUCUCUCCUCAUCUUCAACGGUUACCUCAAGUUCAUGCAGCACCUCAGGGGUUCAGCCCUCGAUGCCAACAGACGACUAUUCGGAGGAGUCUGACACGGAUCUCAGCCAAAAGUCCGACGGACCGGCGAGCCCGGUGGAGGGUCCCAAAGACCCCAGCUGCCCCAAGGACAGUGGUCUGACCAGUGUAGGAACGGACACCUUCAGAUUGUAAGCUUUGAAGAUGAACAAUAACAAACAAAUGAAUUUAAAUAAAAAAGAUUAAUAACAAACCAAUUUCAAAAAUAGACUAACUGCAAUUCCAAAGCUUCUAACCAAAAAAAAAAAAAAAAAAAAAAAAAAAAAAAAAGGAAAAAAAAAGAAAAAGCGUGGGUUGUUUUCCCAUAUACCUAUCUAUGCCGGUGAUUUUACAUUCUUGUCUUUUCUUUUUUCUUUCAAUAUUAAAAAAAAAAAACAAAAAAACAAAAAAAAAAAACAACAAAAAAAAACCACCUUAACCCUGUUACAUUGUGUCCUUUUGAAGGUACUAUUGGUCUGGGAAACAGAAGUCCGCAGGGCCUCCCUAAUGUCUUUGGAGCUUAAACCCCUUGUAUAUUUGCCCUCUUUUCAAUAAACGCCCCAUGUUGAUAGCACAGAGGAGCCCGGCAUGCACUGUAUGGGAAAGCAGUCCACCUUGUUACAGUUUUAAAUUUCUUGCUAUCUUAGCAUUCAGAUACCAAUGGCUUGCUAAAAGAAAAAAAGAAAUGUAAUGUCUUUUUAUUCUCAGGUCAAUCGCUCACACUUUGUUCUGUUUUCAGAAUCAUUGUUUUAUAAUAUAUUAUUUUUUCAGUUUUUCUUUUGUUCCAGAAAAGAUUUUUUUUGUUAAUUUAAAAACGGGCAGAAAGUAUUCAAGAAAAACAAUGUGAACUGCUUUAGCUUUCUGGGGAUUUAAAGGAUAGCUUUUCUGCUGAAGCCAAUUUCAAGGGGAAAAGUUAAGCACUCCCACUUUCAGAAAAAAAAAAAAAAAACCCACACACAGAGUGUUGAGGACUUGUAGCUUAAAAAAAUAAGUUUUAAAAACUGACUUUCUGUAUUUAUGAUAGAUAUGACCAUUUUUGGUGUUGAGUAGAUUGUUGCAUUGGAAAUGAACUGAAGCAGUAUGGUAGAUUUAAAAGGAAAAAAAAAAAAACCUUUUGUGUACAUUUAGCUUUUUGUAUGGUCCAGCUGACAGCUCCUCAUUUGAUGUUGUCUUGUUCAUUCCUAGCAGAUAGAUUGCAAUCCGUUGAUUCGCCUAAGCUUUUCUCCCCUUUGUCCCUUAAUUCCACUUUCUCCUUCCUCCUCCCACCCUAUAAUCUCCCACUUAAGGUAGCUGCCUUCAUUUCUUCGAGGGAGCUACAGAAUUAUUUUAUAAAACUAAAGAAUUUCAAAAGGUUCUAGGGGUCAUUAGGAUCCUCACAGAUUAUUUUUGGUUGGGGAGUUGAAACUUUUUAAAGGCAUAUAAUUCUAGUUACCUAUGUCUGUAAGCCUUGUGCCAUUUAUUGUUUAUUUAUCCUUCCUCUUUAGCUUUCCCUUUUAUCCCUUCUUUUCCUCCUUGUUUGGUAGAUGCUUCACAUAUUCUUUUCUUAAACUAAAGCAUUUGUUUCGGUUUGUGUAAUUGGGCUGUAUGCUUUUCUUUCUAAAAAAGUUUUUGGUUAGGGGUUUUGUUUUUGUUUUCUUUCCUCUCAGAAAAAGAAAUUUCAUGCUUUAAAUAAAAUCCAAAGACACACCCUUUCACUGCUGAUGCAGAAAAAAGGGAAAGGGUUCUUGUUACUUGAGAAUUUGUUUCUGAUUUAAACAAACAAGACUUAGUUUAAUAAAAGAAAGAGUAAAAACAAAAGAUUCCCAGGUUGUUAUGUGCUUCUUCUGCAAGCAGAGAGGCAGCUGUUAAUGACAAUUCCAUAUACCAAAAGACACAUUUUUUUACUUCAAAGUUUUGUCCUUGUGUUAGGCAGUCUGAGCGGCGAGUGAUCCAGAGUGCAGCCAACAAAGAAGCAGAUAGCAAUGUACAAAGAGCAAAAAAGGAACCGUAUGCGAGGCACUUGUAUUUAUGUUAAUAUCUGUAUUCCUGUAACACAUAACACAACGUAACAUACACCCUUUCUCAUCUUAAAACAACGGUCUGAACUUUGAAAGGAAAACUUUGUGCUGCUAAAACGUAGAUUUUGGAGACAAAUAGAUGCUUUGCUGUUUCACUUUCAUAGCCAAACAUCAACAGAAACAAUCUCCCCUUACCCCAAAAGUGUGAAAUCCUUUUCCCCUUCAUUCUCUUCCUUAUGUUUCAAAAGGGAACUUUGAAGACUGUGAAUGCAGGUUCCAUUGGUCACCUUUCGGGCUUCUUUCCCCAGUGCUGAAGCCACUCAACGACUUUGCAAAAGACUGGAGCAUUCCAAGAUCUGAAAAUGGAUUUCUUUUUUUCUUUUUUCUCUUUAUCUUUUUUAGCCGGGACUAUUUUAUUUUUAUGAAUUUGUUUUUGAUUUAAUGAAAGAGUAGAUCCUGAACUGUUGUACAUAUUUCUAACUAGGCUGAUGCACAGUGCAAAUUCCUUUUUUUUUUUUAAAUUUUUUAAGUAGAAAUACUAAAGAGUACCAUCUAACUAUUCAUACCAGUAUCCAGUUGUAGCAUAAGGUGUCAAAAACAAGUACACAAAAACAUUUGCUGUUUUAACAAACUGUUUUCUUUUAACAAGAAUUCUUGUAUUUCUCCCUGUGUUUGAGAUGAACAUUUUUAAAUUUUAAAGUUGUACAGUUUUUUGUUUUCCAUUAUUUUAUCUUGUUUGUAACUCUAUGAAAUAUAUAUAUAUUUUUUGCCAUUUAACUGUUGUAUGUUACUCUGUGUCUGUAUCAUAUAGAUAAAAAAAUUGUUUUUGUUUUGGGUUCUCUACGUGAUACCAAUUAACAAUUUAACACUAGCUUUACCUGUCAAAUUCUGCUAGGUUUUUUCUGAAAACUUUGUUUUCAAAAAUGAUAUUGCUUGGUAAUAGUGCAAUUUCUAUCCCUUUUCCUCCUCCCUCAACUUUAAGUUCAUUUCCUUGAAAUUUUGCUGCCCCCCUCCACAAUGGUUUUUUUGUUGUUGUUGUUUUUUGUUUUGUUUUUUGAGCUACUAUGCCAUCCUCCCUCUGUGAGGCAGAGUGACUGUCAGUGUUUUGUUAUGCCAUGCCUUGACCUGUGGGUGUAUUUGGUAACAGCGAGUGGUUGGGUAGAUUGGCUAAGCAUGCUUCCACCCACCAGUGUUUCUCAGAGGGGUUAUGUGAUUGUUUCAUCCUGGAGUGGGUUGCACACUCAAUGCUUUCCUCUACAACUCUACCAUCCACAUAUAUGUUCAUUUAAAAAAUAAUUCUCCACAUUAACUCAGAAGUAGCAAAGCAGUCAGUGAUGGUGACAAUUAGAGGUCAAGUAUGAGCUAGUUAGAUGUUUGUGGGUUGACAUCCACUUUGGCUGUGACCGGUACCAUUUACAAAGCAUGAAUUCACUACAAUGCUCAACUGUUUAGAUUGGUCUCACUAGGAGAGUUUAACUCCUGUCUACUGCAUAGCAGGUAGCUGAAUAGGAUAUCUCAACUCACUUUUUAAAUUAGUUCUUCACCUCUAUUGACACUUCAUACUUUGGUUGUUCUUUUUUUCCAAAUAUUCCAAAGUGUGGGUUGGCACUACAUACCAUUCAGCCAUAGCACCAUAUGAACCCACCAAAUGGAACUUAUUUCAACCAUCCUUCCUCCAUCCUUCCAAAAAGAAACUUAAGAAGGAAAUACACACACACACACACACACACACAGUUUAAUAAAUCUAGGAAGUUUUUUUUUUUAAUUAAAAGCUAUUUAAAGAAAUGAAUGUGGCCAAAGUUUUACAUGAUUGAAAAUAAAGUAAAACAGACGGCAUGUGUUUAAACCUGAGUUUAUCAGGCAUGGCAGGAAGUUGCAGGAGAGAGAGGCAGUGACCCAAGCCAGUGCACUUGAUAUUCAUGGACAUAUAUUUUUUUUAAAUAAAUUAAAACAUUUUAAAUAGAAGCAUAAAUUGAGUUGGUUGUUUGUUGGCGCUGAGAUACUGCCCACUGUGAAACAAAGCUUUGACUAGUUUUUUUUGUUUGUUUACUUUCUGGGGGGGGAGGGAGGGAUGGGGGCAAGUUUGGGUAGGAAAGAAAGCAUAAAUGAACGUGACCCUGAGGUGAAGAGGUAUAUGAACAGCCUUUGCAAUGUACAAAAAACAAAAAACAAAAAAACAAAAAAAAAAUAGAGCAAGUGAAACCAAAAAUGAUGUUCUUGGUGUUUUUCUAUAAUGUAGUCUUGUUAGCUUUUUUGUUACUGUAACAAUGCUGAUCUCGAACUGUACCAAAAUACAUGGAGACUAACAAACAGAACCACAUGGAACUUUCAAACUGAAAAAAAAAUUUGUCACAAAAACUUUGUUGUCAUAGUUAAGUUGAUUGUAGAUGGUAAUUGAAUAUACUCCUUUGAAAAUAUUUCAUCAAGUAUGUUUCCUGCUCAUUGUGAUACAUUAAAAAAAAUAUGAGCAAA